AUGUUUAAUAAGGACCCUCCGUACAAGCGGAAGGCGUUUGCCUCUUUGAAUAAUCUGCGAUAUAGAAGCAAAAAGCUCAGACAACUCAGGCCCUCGGACAAUCUACAGAAGCAGCCCGCUACAAAGAUCGCCAUACCGCGCAGCAUAGAUUUGGACACCGGGGAACAGCCUGCUCCAGUGAAGGAAGACGAGGGUGUGCAUGUGGCGGUGCGACGUGUGAAGCUCUUCAAGUCGGCCGUAAAAAGUCCCAGUACCGUGUCGGAGCACAUCUGGCUCAACUGCCAAAAUCACCGCCUGACUAUAUACAGCUUGCAACACACCAACGAUGUGUAUGUUUCCGUGCCCUUUUCGGACGUCAAAUUUGUGGAUAUCUGCUCGAAUCCAGACAGCUCGUAUCAUUUCGUCGUUACCCUCAGAUCAAGCAUUACAGGAACCCUUCGCAACGAAAGCGUACGCAUAGACAAAUUAUGGAUAUUUCUCGAUUUGAGCGACCAGGAGGCGUACAACAAACUUGUGCGAAAUCUGGAGGACCAGCUUGUAUGCAACUAUCUCACAGCAUCGGACAUGAACAAUUACUAUCUCAGGAGCGAGUCAGAUCGAGAACCCAGAAUUUGGAGCAACCGUCAAACACAGCUUCCUGUGACUUCUCCCGCAAACUUCUACGGAACAGCAAAAACAUUCAGCUCUGACCUGGAACCGGCAAACAUCAUCAACACGGCUCGUACGCGUUCGUUGCGCUUAUCCCUCACAGACAGCAUAGAGGAUCCUCUAGAGGACCAUCCCGAAAUCCAGGACGAAGACAUCUCACGCGACGAGCAGAUUGUGUUUGAUCCGCCCCUGAAAUACAGAUUUGCAUCCAGAAAGUCCAUCAUCGUGUCUAACAAGGACUUCAACUCGCUAUACAACGGCAAUUGGGUGAACGAUUCGAUUGUGGACUUUUUCCUUCAGUACAAUUUGCAACAGGCAAGAGAUGCAGGCUCUCUCGGCAGUGCGCGAGUUGAGCUGUUCAACUCUUUUUUUUAUACCAAAUUGACGAUGACCAACCCUGAUAACGAUUACUACUCCAACGUAAAGACGUGGUUCAAGUCGAAUGACAGUCUUUUUGAUAACGACUACAUUGUGAUUCCGAUAAUGAAAGAUUUGCACUGGUUCUUUGUUGUUAUUACUAACCUGCCGCGUCUGCGCAGGUACAAUGAAACCAACGAGCCUGAACCUGUGGAUGGCCUACUGAUCAAUAAGAAAAAGCCAUUAGCAAGCAUCUUUGUCUUGGACUCUCUCCAGAAAGCACAUCCCAACAUUGCAGUACCAAUCAAGAGCUUCUUAGUAAAUUAUGCCAAAGACAAAUACGAUCUGGACAUCCCCAUGGGGCAGAUUCGCAAGUACAGCUGCAACAUUCCACAGCAAAAGAAUUUCAACGACUGUGGACUGCAUGUCAUUUAUAACUGCAAAAAAUUCUUUGACAGUCCAGAGGAGUUUAAGGCCAAGAUCCUCACAGAGCACCGCCGCAAAAAGUCCACUACUUCGCUUUCUACCAAGCUUUUCGAUGAUGAGGAGCGCAAAGUCAUUAGGAUGCAGCUACGCGAGGUUCUGCUCAACCUUCUAAAAGAGCAGGUCAAAGCCAAUGGUGGAGACAGCUCUGCCGUUGGUACCGAAACCUACGGAACACUAAGAGGCAAAGGGAUCAAGGAGCCUUCGGCAGAGGCCGAAGGGCAUAGUGCUGAUGAAGACCCGGAUGACGAGGUCAUGAUUGUUGAUGAGCUUUCCAAUGAGACGGCUCCUGAUAACGAGCAGCAAAAACCUGCGUGUGUGGAGUCAUCUCAACGAAACAUAUCUCUGUCAUCUGAGGACCCAGAAACGGAGAUCAAAACGCAGUCACCGCAAUCCUCUCCGGCCAGAAAAGUUCACGACGAACAGCUGGACGAUUUUUUGAGUGUACAACCAAAGGAUCAGCAGAUUGUUACAUCGUAUGCCCAGUCGAGCGACAAAUUGCAGGGGCAGAAGGUGUCCAUGAUUUUGGAGGACAACGGGUCUCUGAAAGAGGUAAUUGAGUUUUCUGAGGCGAAACCAAAGGACAGGAAGGAAAAGCGGACAGGCAUGGACCAUCAGGCUAGGGUUACAGUUACAGACAUCACUGAGAAGCCAGUAGCGACUGGUAAGGCUUCCACACCUGAUGAGGGCAAAGUUCUGCUUGUUCCUUACCCUAAGACCUCGAUCAAGUUUGCCGGGAGGACCUACCACUCGCAAUCAGCAAGGAAAAGGAGAUAG